AUGUUUCCGGCGAAAAUUGAACAGCAACAGAGUGUUAACCACCAACAACGCACCACCAUUUACACGGUGGCAGGCAAAGUGGUGAUUGCAGUGAGAGCAGAGAAAGUGAUAUCCAAGAGAGCAUUAGCAUGGGCUCUCACUCACGUUGUACAUCCUGGCGAUUGCAUAACGUUGCUUGCUGUCUUCACUAACAAAAACUCCGGUAAAAGAUUCUGGAACUUUCCGAGGUUGACAGGAGAUUGUGGAAGCAAUCAACGUGAGAGAUUGCCGGAUCGUGUUUGUGAAAUCUCCGAGAGUUGUUCUCAGAUGGUGCUUCAGUUUCAUAACCAAAUCGAGGUUGGAGUGAGGAUUAAGGUGGUGUCAAGUACACCUGGCAGUGUUGUGGCGGCUGAAGCAAGGCGCAACGGGGCCAACUGGGUUGUCCUGGACAAAAAACUCAAGCGAGAGCUGAAACAUUGCAUAGAGGAACUUCGCUGCAACAUUGCUGUAAUGAAAGGUGCUCAAGCAAAGGUUCUUAGGCUUAACUUGGGAUGCUCGAAUGCAGUCCAAACCCCAUACUAUUCUCCUGCUUCUUCACCAGAAAAGGAUGUUGGAAAGCUACUAGGACACAGGAUGAAGCAUUCUACUCCUGUGAGCAGCCCUGAAGAACCAAGUACUUCUUACUCAAGAACCAGAGAAGGUUCGUCACCGCCAAGCUAUGAUACGGAAAGGCCUCUUUUUCUUGUUUAUGAACAAAAUCCUCUUUUUGAAGGACUAAAUAAAGGAAAAUAUACAUUAAAAGGUGAUCAAAAGAUCUACGAUAACCAACUUAGAGCUAUGUAUUCAGAUGGCGAAACAAUUAUCUCUCUGUCAACAAACCCAAUAUCAUCUGUAACCAGGGAUCAGAAGAGUGUAUUUUGGAUUCCCCAAAACCACAUUGUUGACGAGAAGGCCCCCAUAACCCGAAAUUGCAGAAAUACAUGCAAAAUUAAAUCUCCAACUUCCAGAACUCUACUUGAUAAGUUUGUGCAAUAUGAUCAAGAUGCUCAGGCUGGUAGGCUCAACCAGAGUAGUCAAAAGGAGAUUGUAAGCUCAGGUAUCAGACAUGCAGUUUCUUUGGGCAGAACUUCUUCAAUGCCCCCUCCUUUAUGUUCUUUAUGCCAACACAAGGCACCAACUUUUGGAAAACCUCCAAGACAGUUCUCUUAUGAAGAGCUGGAAGAAGCUACAGAAGGAUUCUCGGAUAUGAAUUUCUUGGCAGAAGGUGGUUUUAGCAAUGUUUACAGAGGGGUGUUAAGGGAUGGACAGAUAGUUGCAGUGAAGCUCUUAAAGUACGGCGGCUCUCAAGCCGAUGCUGAUUUCUGCAGGGAAGUAAGGGUAUUGAGCUGUGCACAACACAGGAACGUUGUGUUGUUGAUUGGCUUUUGCAUUGAUGGCAAGAAGAGAGUAUUGGUUUACGAGUACAUAUGCAAUGGGUCAUUGGACCUCCAUUUACACGGUAGUCCCUAUUUUUGUCUUUGUUUAGAUCAAGAAUAG